AUGCCAAACUCCUCUCACCUUUACCACUGCAGACACUUCCGCCCAACCUACCUACCCACCUACCUACCGCAAGUACUCCUCCCCAUCCGCCCAUCUCACAUGACGCUUUCACUGAGUGUUGCCGCAAAAGGCCUCAGAAGGGAGUUACGAGAGGGAACAGGAAAGCCGGUAUCGAAAUCUUUGAAAGAGGGUCUUUCGAUUGCCUGCCUCAAUGAAGGCGUCCGUGAGAUGAUUGAAUUCUGGUACAGAACCUAUCCGGCCAGGAUCCACAGAGAUCUGACCUGA